AUGGACAUUCAAAACCUUAUUCAAUAAUUUGGAGCAGGUUAAGCAGUCAAUCCUGAAGCAUCCAUUCCUGAUACAGCUGAAUAAGUCACUAUCAGUGCCCUUGCUUUAAUCAAGAUGCUUAAACAUGCCAGGGCAGGAAUUCCAUUUGAAGUCAUGGGUCUUUUAUUAGGAGACAUUGUCGACGAUUAUCACAUUAGAGUUUAUGAUGUUUUUUCGAUGCCUUAAACAGCAAGUGAGUGUUUCCGUGGAAUCUGUGGAGCCCAAUUUUUCAAUAAAAAGAUGGUUGAACUUCUCAACUUAACAGGAAGAAUGGAAAAUUGUAUUGGAUGGUAUCACUCACAUCCAUCAUAUGGAUGUUGGCUUUCAAGUGUUGAUAUCAAUACUCAAUAAUCCUAUGAAUAGUUAAAUAAGAAAUCAAUUGCUGUAGUCAUUGACCCAAUUCAAUCAGUCAGAGGCAAAGUAGUAAUUGAUGCAUUCAGAUUGAUUCCAUAAUAAAAUAUGCUCAGCUAAUAAGAACCAAGAUAAACUACUUCAAAUACAGGGCAUCUAUAAAAACCAGGUUUAGAAGCAUUGUUAAGAGGAUUGAAUAGAUACUAUUAUUCCAUUAACAUCAAAUUUAAGUGCAAUGAUUUAGAAUAGAAAAUGCUAUAAAAUUUAUAUAAAAAUAGUUGGACUGAAGGAUUAAAAUGUAAUUCUGCUAGUGAAAAUAGUAAAAGAAAUGAAUCGUGUGUUGAAGAUAUGUCCAAAUUAGCUUUAGAUUAUUAGAAAUUGAUAGAGGAUGAAUCCAAAAAAGGAGAAUAGGAAACCAAAAUCAAGAAUACAGGUAAGAAGGAUCCAAAGAGACAUCUUGGUUUAAAAGUGGAUGAACUACUUGAUGAAAAUUUAAAUGCUAUAUUGGGAAGAAUGAUGGCUACUAAAGGCUUUUGAUCUGAUAUAUUGAUAAUAUUAAUAAUGAUUAAUAAUUUAA